AUGCAGUCUUAUCACGGAGUUAUAGUUACUCCAAAAGACGCCAUUAUACUGGUUGACGCCGCCCUCAAGAAAAUGAUCCCCCAGGUUACACGUAGGCUAACUGAGUUUGAGAGGCAAACUCAAAUCGGCCAUGGGUCUGUGUUUGUGUGGGAUGAGAAAGAAAGUGGUAUGAAGCGAUGGACUGACGGAAGAUCCUGGUCUGCUUCUAGAGUAAGCGGUUCGUUCUUGACAUACAAAGAGAUGGAAAAUGCAAAGAGUGGCAAUUCAAACUCUUACAUUUACGGCAAACAGUCAGAGAGUUACAGAUACAAGGACAACGGCCUAUUGAAGCAAAGUUUCUCAGUUACGCUGAAAAACGGAAAGAAACUGCACCUGAUAAGCUAUGUUUAUGCGACUUACCUCAAGACAUUGUCAGGUCCCAAUUCGUCAAACAAGUCAGUUUCUUCGAACCCCAUGUCCAAUUCCGUGGGAACACUGUCGGGCUCUAGCUCUGAUAUGACACAGGACGGGCUGCUGAAACGACCAUCUGAAGAUGACAGAUUUCAAUCUUUGGACCUUAACUCCGACUUAUAUCCGGAGACUGUUUUGAACGAAACAUACACAUUACAAUAUCCUCCAUCUUCUCCAAUUUCAAGCACAACAUCCGCUAACAGCGGUGGAGUUAGCAAGCCAAAGAAAAGCAAACGUGUUGCAAGUAGGAUCACUGAUGAACGAGUGAUUAGUGUGCCAAAGUCGCCUUCGCCAGUGUCUUCCUCUACUACACCCUCCACUACUGCAUUUUCAACUAUGGGAGGUGGAGCGUCCUCUGUUGGUUCACACCUGAGUACUGGUACCGCUGGUGUCUUGCGCUUUCCUCCACAGAAUCAGAUGAUGAUGAAUCACCAAGUGAUCACUCUACCUGCAUUGCACACUCCGGCUUCGACGCUUCCUGCCUACAAGGUCCCUAGAUCGUAUCUCGACGAUCCAACCCCAAAGAAUACCUUCCUGCUCCCCAGAUCACACUCUAUCACUCCUAUCCCAUACGUGCAGCAGCAACAGCAACAAUAUUUCCCACCACAACAACCAAUGCAGCAUUUAGCUCCACCAGUGAGAGCACCGGGUUACGUUUCGCAUGAGGAUGGACGAGCUCUAAGUGCUUUAGACAGAGCUUUUUGUUAA